AUGCGGCCUGAACAGCGAAACCAGCUGUUGCUCGGCACCUUUGUCCACAGCAAGUCUCGCAGGGAGCUGGACGUUUUUCAUAAUGGUGCCAUCGCUGUCGAUGCCCACGGCAAGAUUGCUGCCGUGGAACGCGAGUGUGCCAGCGUAGAGGCGGCCAAGACGCAAGCUCUGGCCAAACUCGGCUGGGACGCCAACGACGUUGAAUUUCACACUACUAAGGAAUCUCAAUUCUUCUUUCCCGGGUUUAUUGACACUCACAUACACGCACCUCAGUAUCCUAAUGCGGGCAUCUUUGGCAAGACGACACUUCUCGACUGGCUUGAAAAGUACACCUUUCCCAUGGAGUCGAGCCUCAAGGACCUUGCCAAGGCCCGCAUGGUCUACACCACCGUCGUCCGCCGCACCCUCGCUCACGGCACCACCACUGCCGCCUACUACGCCACCAUUGACGUUGACGCCACCAACUUGCUGGCCGAUCUGUGCCUCGCCCUCGGCCAGCGCGCCUUUGUCGGCCGCGUCUGCAUGGACCGGCCCGGCAUCAACCCGGACUACUACCGCGACGCGUCCGCCGAGGCCGCCCUUCGCGCCACGGAGCAGACCAUUGCGCACAUUCGCGCCGCUGACCCCCAGUUUGACCUCGUCGCACCGAUCCUGACGCCCAGGUUCGCUCCGUCUUGCACGCCCGAGAGCAUGAGGGCGCUGUCCAAGCUGCAGAAAGAAGGCGGCUACCUGGCCCAGACGCACAUCUCGGAAAAUACGGGUGAGAUUGAGCUCGUCCGCGAGCUGUUCCCAGGGUCUCGCUCGUACGCCCAGGUCUACGACGACCACGGGCUGCUCACCCCUAGAAUGGUCCUGGCGCACGCCGUCCACCUGACCGAGGAGGAGGCCAGCCUCAUUGCUCUCCGCCGGAGCAAAGUGUCGCACUGCCCCUGCAGCAACUCGUCCCUGACCAGCGGCGCCGCCCGCGUCCGCUGGAUGUGGCAAAAAGGUAUCGAGGUCGGCCUCGGCACCGACGUCUCGGGCGGCUACUCUCCCUCCAUUCUCGAGGCGGCCCGGCAGGCUGCGCUCGUCAGCCGCCACGUCGCCACGCACGCCGACGACCCCGACGAAAUGGAGCGCUGCAAGUUGAGCGUGGAAGAGGUGUUGUAUCUGGCCACGCGUGGUGGUGCCGUCUGCCUUGGCCUCGAGGACAGGAUCGGCGGCUUCGAGGUCGGCAAGGACUGGGACGCGCAACUCGUCGGGCUCGGCCGCGUUGCCGAUUCGGGCUUCCGCGAGGGGGAGGAGCUCUCGGCCAACGGGAACGGCUCCGGCGCGGCGGUGGUGCCUGCGCUUAUCAACGGGUGCGACGAGGGAAAUGUGGACAUUUUUGGCUGGGAGUCGUGGGAGGAGAUGCUGGCCAAGUGGCUGUACAAUGGCGACGACCGAAACACGAAAAAGGUUUGGGUCAAGGGCCGACUCGUGCACGCGAGAAGGUGA